AUGAUCCUGUUAUGGGUUACGCUGCUUCUUCUUCAUCAAGGAUAUACGUUGGUUCCAGUGACCACCGUUCAAGUUGGUGAAUCUGCGACCUUCACUUGUGUUUUUCCUGUUGAAGAGUUGAGCAAUAUAGUGCACAAGUGGUACAAGCAGCGUGCUGGGGAUACUCUGAAAUUAAUUAUGACAGUGUGGAAAAAAAACCCUCAGUAUACAACUGAAUUUUCUGAAUCAAAAUUUACGGUAAACACUGAUAAGAAUUCUAGCUAUCUGACCAUUCUGAGGAUAAUUCAAGAGGAUGAGGGAAUGUAUCACUGUGCAAUAACAGAUUGGACUGUUCCUGAAUGGAGUGGAACAUAUCUGUUAGUAAAAGGAAACACUCAGAGGACAUCAAACUAUACGGUCAUUCAAGGGCCGACAGUAUCUGAUCCAGACCGUCCAGGAGACUCGAUGACUCUCCAGUGUUCAGUCCUCUCUGACUCUGACAAUAAGACGUGUCCAGGAGAUCACAGUGUGUACUGGUUCAGAGCCGGAUCAGAUCAUUCUCAUCCAGACAUCAUCUACACUGAUGGAAAUGGACAUGAUAAAUGUGACAAGAGAUCUGACUCUCAGAAAAGCUGCAUUUAUCACUUCUCUAAGAACGUCAGCUCCUCUGAUGCUGGGACUUACUACUGUGCUGUGGCCACAUGUGGAGAGAUAUUAUUCGGAGAUGGAACUAAAGUGGAAAAUGUGCAAACACCACAUUCAAUAUUCAUUGCAAUGGCGAUAUUAAUUGUCUGCUUGGUCAUUUCUGUUGCUGGAAAUGUUGUCCUCAUCUGCAAACGAAAAGUACACAAACAAUAUGAAGGAAUGGAAAGUGCUGUUUCAGAAGCACAACAUGACAACUCAUGCCAACCAGCACAUGACACUACUGAAACUGACGACCAACUGAAAUAUGCUGCGCUGAAUUUCUCAGAGAAAAACACAAGAGGAAGAAAGAGGAGAGAGUUUGCUGAGGACAGUGUGUACUCUCAAGUUAAAUGUUGAUAAUGUUUAUAAUGUUAAGCAUUUAAUCUGAACUAGAUUAUGCGCUUGCAUCAAGUCCUAUAAACUUUUUUGCAUUUCUCACAUAUAAUUACAUCUCAGGUUUUUCAUUGUAUAACGCAAAAUGUACUUUUUUGACAAAUGUCAUCUUAAUCGGAAAUUAUUUGUAAAUUGCUGCUAUGAAAAAUUCCUAAAUGAAACAGCUCAAAUGCUUUAAAUGUUUUAAACACAUCCAACUUAAUUUCAUUGUAGGGUAUCUAUAGAUUAGUCCCCUGAUGUCUGUUCAAAAGACAGCGCUUAACAAACCAGAUACAAAAGCACUUUCUCCUCAAAAACAUGAACCAGAUUUAAUGCUUAUAUAAAAAUUAAGUUACUUUCUUUUUACUGUCUAUUGUUAAUGAUACUUGUAAUGAACCUGCAUGCAUCCUCUGUUCCUAAUGUUGUAACUCUAAUAGAGUACUCCAUCAGUUGUGUAACGCUUCAUGAGAGAAAAAACACAGCUGCAUUGUCUGUUAAACCUGCAUUUAAAUGAUUAUUUUCUCAUUAAAUGGCUUUCAUGUAAUGAAAAAUGAAAUGGAUGCAUGGAUGCAAUGAUAAACCUAUAAAAAUGUUCACCCAAAUAGCUAGCUGUGUAAAACAUUGUAGCCUCUUUUAGGUAGUUGUUUGGGCAACUCGUUCUCUCUCCCAAGUCGUCACAUAUAGGGACACAUGGUCAAGACACAUUGGCGUCAAUUUGUAAAGUACUGGGAAGCCCCUUUGUUCUAUAGUUCUAUAGUUAGUUCAAGCCCUGUAGUGUCAUUUAUGAACUCUUAAAGGCGGUGAAGGAUAUCAAUAACUCAAAUGUCCAAGUAAGGAGGUGGUUGGGGUGGAAGGGUUGGCCAGACAACAGACUUUUGAAAGUCUAACUGGAGAUUGCAUAUUUACUAUUGCCAUAAGCGUCAGAAGCAAAAGAAAUGUGGGUGGGUC